AGCAAAGGGGAGCUGAAAUUCGUCAUUUCUCAAGGAGAAGAUGAAUGAGAGGGGAGGAGAUGCUAAUGGAAGAGGAGCUGUACCUGAGAAGACAAGUGAGCUGCCGCCAUCAAAAGUUGAAGCUUUGGAUGGCUCCAACUAUGAGGAAUGGAGCGGGCGGAUGAGGAGUGCCUUCAAACGCUACAAGCUACUGAAGAUUGCUGUUGGGGAAGAGAAGAUGCCGGAAGAAGGCGAACCACCAGCGUCAGGUGCUUUGCUCCCUGUGAUUGGUGUUGGAAAUGCCAAGGUUAAGGGAGCUAAUGGGGAGCUUGUGGGGCUUGGGAAUGUUCUGCUGGUUGAAGGUUUGUCUGCUAACCUUCUCUCUGUGCGGCGACUGCAGAAGAGCAAGGCCGAAGUGACCUUGGGACCAACCAGCUGCCGUGCUAAGCUUGGGAAGAAGGUGCUGUGGAGUCUGGAAGAGGAGACCAGCUGCAUCAAGGACCUAUGGCAGCUGCCCAUCAUCCCUUGGAAUGGGAAGACUCCAACAGCAGCAACGGCAGCAGCGGCAAAGGCAACAGCAGGAGGAGAUGCAACCGCACCAACUGAUGGGGUCCUGGAAGCAGUCAAGAAAGUGCAGCAGCAGCAGACACAUGGUGAGAGGGAAUGCGGACACAAGGUGAAGGUGAUCCGCAGUGAUAAUGGUGGGGAGUUCAUUGGAGCUGAUUUUGAGGGGGAGUUGAAGAGGAAGGGGAUCCAACAUCAACUGACAGUGCCCUACAACCCGCAGUAGAAUGGCGUGGCUGAGAGGUUCAACAGGACCCUGCAGGAGGGGGCACGCACUCUCCUUGGGCGUGCAG